AAUGUUUUUCCACGCUUUCCUUCUCGAGUCUAAGUAAUAUUGAACGCAAUCGAUUCCGAACGCAUCAUCGGUCCACGAACCAUGUUGCUCCGGCGGUUUCCUUCUACCGCUAAUCGAUACCAAAUGCAUCAUUCGGUCCGCGGAAUCUGUUGCUCCACCGAAAGCGAAAGGUAAGAGAUGGACGCAGCCAAAGGGUUGGGCGCAAGAAGGAAUGACAGUGGCUGUAGUCCUUACAUCCUGGGGAGGGAAGGAAUCAGUUUUUAGUUGGUUAACAAGGUGCGGGUUGGGGGCCUAGGGGGUCGAAGCGUACUUCCUGCCCCAAUAAAUUAGCAAGAAGGCUAUGGCUUUCCCGGUUGAAGGGCAGAGAGAGAGAUAGCGAGAGAGGUUACGGGGAGGGCGAGUAUCCCAAUCCUCUACCAACUCGCCUUUCGUCUUCUAUUCUAUUUGCACUAGUGAAUUCUCCACCGGUUGCGGUUGCGGUUGCGGGCAAGCAAACUCCUCAGCUCUUGAACACUCUUCUUUUACGUUUCCCGUACUUCAACUCCCCUCUUUCUCUUUCUCGCUGUGCCGUUGAUUCGUUGCAGAGAGGAAGUUACUUUUUUGUUCAAAGGGAGGAUAGCUGGAAAGGGUUUCUUUUCCUUUCCUUCCUGUGGCAAAUCUGGAUUGCCCAUUACAGCAUCGCGCAUUCUCCGCUAUCGGCAGGUCAAGACGGAUGGAUUCGCAUAAGGGUUGAUUGAUUUCCUGUUCCUUUCUUUGUUGAUGAGAGAGAUCUUCCGGAGAUGGGGAAGCGACAACGAGCUCCAAGGCCGGUCGAGUCCGUUGAUGACAAGAAUCUCUUGGUUUCUCGACUGCGUGACAGGCAUCAGUUGGAGCUUGAUAAUUUGACUUUAACAACACAACCCUUUAAGACCCUAAAAUAUUUUGUCCUUGCUACUCUGCAAUAUCUUAAGCAAUCAUUUGUAUAUAUUCUGACAAAAGGAGGUUGGCUGCUGCUACUGCUGAUCAUCACAUUUAUGUUUAGGCAGUACUUUUUAACUGCAGAUGGGCCUCAUGAGAAGCAUGUUCAGGAGUUCCUAUGCUAUCUCAGAUAUGCAGUGUGGUGGUUGGCUCUAGGAGUUGCAUCAUCAAUUGGACUAGGAUCUGGAUUGCACACAUUUGUUUUAUAUCUUGGCCCCCAUAUUGCUUUAUUUACGAUAAAAUCCACGCAGUGUGGCCGAGUGGAUUUGAAAACUGCUCCAUAUGAUACCAUUCAAUUGAAAAGAAGUCCUUCAUGGCUUGAGAAGGAUUGCUCUGAAUUUGGUCCUCCUAUAUUCCCCUUGUUGCCGGACACACUUGUUAGAGUUCCUGUUAGCAGCAUCUUGCCCCAGGUUCAAAUCGAAGCUAUUUUAUGGGGAAUUGGAACAGCACUUGGGGAGCUUCCUCCAUAUUUUAUUUCCAGAGCAGCACGUAUUUCAGGUAGUCGAUUGCAAGAUAUGGAAGAGUGGGAUUCUUCUUCUAGAGAGUCUGGUGGACUUUUAUCUGGUUUACUGAGGAAAAUAAAACGAUAUCUCCUUUCCCAUUCUCAGCACUUGAACUUCUUUACCAUAUUAGGCUUAGCUUCGGUUCCAAAUCCACUGUUUGACCUUGCUGGAAUCAUGUGUGGGCAAUUUGCUAUUCCAUUUUGGAAAUUCUUUCUUGCAACCUUGUUUGGGAAGGCAAUAAUCAAGACCCACAUACAGACCCUCUUCAUCAUACUUGUUUGCAACAAUCAACUUCUAGAGCUUAUAGAGAAGGAGCUGAUCUGGAUAUUAGGCUUUGUACCUGGAUUAUCUUUGACAACAAAUGGCCUCAAUGCCAACCUGCAAAAAGUAAAGGACAAGUAUUUGGCAAAGCCAGCAGUGUCCAAUAUAAAGGGGAAGCAGUGGAACUUCUCAUUUACUACCAUAUGGAAUGCUUUCAUAUGGCUAAUGCUCAUCAAUUUCUUCAGUAAAAUUGUGUCAUCAACUGCCCAGAAAUUUCUCAAGAGGCAGCAGGAUAGAGAGUUGGCUGCAUUGGUUGCAUCACAGUCUAAUGGUCAGGCCAGCUGAGCUUCUCAAAUCCAUGGCAAACAAACUUAUUCGUAAUUGCAAAUCAAUCCAGCCAUCAUUUGCCUCCGACAUUUAGGGCACAUGAUAUUUUCAUAUUUCUUUUUUAACUUCACUUCAAUAGGAAGGAAAUUUGAAGUGAGAGAGGUGUUCUGGUUACAAGGAUCGUUUUGUUCUCACCCUGACAAGGGAAAGAAGCCAAAUUUCUGGUAAGGUUAUAGUAAGGCCUUGAAUAUGUAAUGCACAAAUUUGAUUCUUAUGCAAUUCUAUGAACAAGUUGAUUUAGUUAA